AUGCCCUCCUCCGACGAAGAAAUAAUCUCUAAACGGCAACGUGUUAAAAUAAAGCCACGCCCGAUAAUCCCAAAGCCACGACGCGCGCUCGCAACCAGUCAGUCCAACACACAGACGGAAACGGCUAACGAUUCAGGAACGGAGAAACAGAUCAAACAGAGCAGUUUUUGCGAGGACGACGACGAAGAUGGAUUCUUCACAAAGAAGACGUUUACAUGGAAACCGACAGCUGAAGAAACAACAGAAAACAAUACUCUUGGUGAAGAGCAAACAGUAACUGACGAGACGGUAGCGGGUAAUAGGAAACAGAGAACCAACGGACGCAAGCAUCGUAGGAAGUUUGACUGGACAAAAUCGGUUGAUCAAAUUGUAAUUGAUUGUGAUGAAGCUAGUGAUGACAAUCUCUCUGAUAUCUCAGAUGGAGUUGCAGAAUUAAUAUCGAUUACAAGAAAGCAAAAGAAAGUAAACGAUGCUAUGGAUGUAACAGUUGAAAGGGUAACAGUAACACCGCCUCCGAUGUUGGAUCACCUUGCUGUCCGAUCGAGUAUGAAUGGGUUACAGAGCACGUCAAAUGAGCUAUUAUCAGACGUAUCGUGUUCCCAGUUCGACACGGAGCUUGAUCCUGGCCUCAUUUCUCUCGCUCAACAAGCGAAGCGGAAAGAUGUGCAGAAUCACGAAGGAGAUAAAGUUCGAGUGUUGGUCAGACUUGUCUACCAUCCUGAAACCGUUGUUGACGAUCAUAAUAGAGCGGCAAUUUCUCAGUAUGAAAGACCGAUGAUAUUUAUUAUGCGCCUUGAAGACAAUUUUGAGAAAUUGAUAACACACUUUUGCGAGGCCAAGAAAAUUCAAAAGCAAGAUUUAGUCAUUACGUACGACGAAGUAAAAGUGUUUCCACGAAGUACGCCGGCAAGUCUAGGGAUGAAUAAAUACGCGGAAAUAGUCGCCUUUGAGAAAACGAUAUAUGAUUAUCUUCAACUACAAAAAGCAGCCGAACGGGAACGAAAGUUAAAAGAAACCGAGCUGCUCACGUCCGAGUACGACACGCCAACUCCAGUUGACGACUUUGAGGAACAGAUAGAAGACAUGUUACAUUUAAAGUUGAAGAGUAGAGACGGUUCAGUUGAAAAGCUAAAGAUGAAACGAUCCGAAAUCAUCAGUACCGUGAUUGCAAAGUAUAGAUCAAUUAAGAAAUUAUUACCGGGUGCGCAAGUUCAAUUGACGUUCGAGGGAGAGCUGUUAGAUCCAUUGCAAAAGCUGGAAGAUACCGAAUUAGAAGACGGGGACAUGUUAAUGGUGAUGGGGUGA